GUAUUGCCAGGUCCACCAGUGGGAGACUGAGGAGGACAGACAGAGAAGGUUCUUCUUCCAUCACCAGUCCCACACUAAAGAGGUCGUUUGAGGUGGAGGAGUCUGACAUCUCCAUCAACCCCUCCCCUCUGUCCCGUAGGACCAACCUCCGCUCCUCCACCUCCAGCCAGCGAAGCUUCCACGAAGCCCGCAACUCUGACAACCCCUCCAGAACCUCGCCUUCUGACUCCAACCCUUGCUCCCCCAAAACCAGCCUGAGACGCAUGGAGCUGUCCGGGGGAGUGGUAGGAGGCCGUGCCCUGGAUACAGCCUCCACCCGCCGGACCGAGAUCUCUAUUGAGGUGUCAUCCAAGCAGAUUGACAGCUCGCCCAGCCCAGGUAUCGCCCGCUUCGGCCUGAAGAGGCCUGAGGCACAGAGCCUUGGUUCUCGAGCCGGAACCGUCCCAGAGAGCUCCACCAGCUCCAGCUCGGCACACAGACGGGCAGAGAUCUCCCUCUCUCGGCCCCACGAGCCCCCCGGGGCACCCAGGAGGGGGGACUCCCAGGCUCCCUCAGCCACCCGGAUCCCUGACCCCCCUCAGAGGAGGACCGACCCCACCAUGGUCAGCCCUGUGGAGGGCUUUACUUCCAGGAGACCCGAGAUGCCUGUCUUCCGACAGCCAGAAAUGGCAGCACCACCUCCGGUCAGGGUGGUGGAGAACAACAGCCACCCCGCAGUGCCCAGUGGCCCCCUGCCCAGCCUGGUGGAGCCCAGGAGCGAGAGGACACAGCCUCCGGUCAGCGAGACUCCCGUCGUCAGACCUAUAGAGAAGUCAGAGGUCACUACCAGCUACAGCAGUAGAGCCAUGUCUGAGGUGGCCGUGCCCGAGAUGAUGAAGCCACCCCCGGCGGUGCCCGCAGCGUGCCAGGUGGAGAAGACUGUGCCAGGUCCUGGCAUGGGGGACUUCAGCUAUGUGGGCAUCGAUGCCAUCCUGGAACAGAUGCGGAGGAAGGCCAUGAAACAGGGCUUCGAGCUCAACAUCAUGGUAGUGGGGCAGAGCGGCCUAGGGAAGUCCACUCUGAUGAACACUCUGUUCAAGUCCAAGGUGAGCCGUAAGUCAGUGCAGGCCACGUCCCAGGAGAAGAUCCCCAAGACCAUCCAUAUCAAGUCUGUCAGCCACGACAUUGAGGAGAAGGGGGUGAGGAUGAAACUAACUGUUAUCGACACGCCCGGCUUCGGGGAUCAGAUCAACAACGAGAACUGUUGGCAGCCCAUCAUGAAGUUCAUUAAUGCCCAGUAUGAGCAGUACCUUCAGGAGGAGAUCAACAUCAACAGGAAGAAGAGGAUUCCAGACUCAAGGGUUCACUGCUGUAUUUACUUCAUACCCCCUACUGGACACUGUCUGCGACCUCUGGAUGUGGAGUUUAUGAGGCGUCUCAGUAAGGUGGUCAAUAUUGUUCCUGUCAUUGCCAAGGCAGACACGCUCACCCUGGAGGAGAGGGACUUCUUUAAACAGAAGAUCAGGGAAGAGCUACGGGCCAAUGGGAUCGACGUGUACCCCCAGAAGGAGUUUGACGAGGACGCAGAGGACCGGAUGAUUAAUGACAAGAUCAGGGAGAUGAUCCCGUUUGCUGUGGUGGGCAGCGACCAGGAGUACCAGGUCAAUGGCAGGAGGCUUCUGGGAAGGAAGACAAAGUGGGGAACCAUAGAAGUUGAGAACAUUGCUCAUUGUGAGUUUGCCUAUUUGCGAGAUCUACUGAUUAGGACCCACAUGGAGAACAUCAAGGACAUCACCAGCAGCAUCCACUAUGAGGUGUACCGCGUCCGCCGCCUCAACGAAAACAACACCGCCGUCGCCCAUGCCAACGGCCUCCCCCAACACCACAUGACCUCCCAUGAGAUGUAGAGCCCUGCCCACCGUGUCCCAUGAGCCCUCACUUCCCUCCGAAGCAGCUUCGAUCCUUCCAUCCCGUUAUCCUUCCAUCCCUCUCUCCCCUCCACUCACUCUCAAUGCCAAACCCUUCUACAGAAGGGAGAAGACCCACACUGGGGGGACUGAGGAGUGUAGUCUUAUCGCCCCCAAAUGGCCAAAUACAGACGCAUAGAAUGGACUGUUGAUGCCAAUGCAUUGCCCCUCGAUGAUAACCCGGUCUCUCUGACUAACGUCUACAUGAAGGGGGGGGUAAAUGCUAGCUAUCACUUGCAUUCAUUCAGGUUUAACCAGGCUAAGUAAACACUAUUAAUGUGCUGCAACCUUAAUCUGUGUGUUUUCAGUUAUUCUGUCGUUCUUUAGGUCCCUCAUCUGUCGGGUUGGUUAACAAAAUAACGCUGUGUUUUCAGGCCCAUUACAUACAAGCAGUGACAGAAGUGCCCUCAAACUUUUGUUUGGGUAAAAUAUUGAUUUCUCAUCUGUUUUAAUAUAGCCCCUGUAAUGCAUCCUUCAUUCAUUGUUCAUUUGACCUGCUAUCUGAAGGUUCUACAAUGUUUAUUUCUGUUCCCUUUGAGAGGGAGUAGUUUAGCCUUGAGGGACUCUAAUUCCCAGUAGGAGUGCUGAUUUGGGAUCAGUUUUGCCUUUUAGAUAUUAGAUUACAUGGACAGAGAGACCUGAGCCUAGAUCAGCACUCCUACGCUUUAUACACUCGGCCCCAGUGUGGUACUGGAUCCAUCGCGACAGCAGCAGAGGCACAGGACAGAUAUUCAGCUAAGUAUUUAGAAGUAUGACACACAGAAAUAAAAUCUAUUCAUUCUAUGGCAGUUGAUUCAUUUGUCCGAGUUCUGUUUGAUGAUGUCCGAGAGGGGUCAGUUGAAGAUGGUGAAUGGGGAGUGUUUAAUUGCGAUGGAAGUUGAUAAUGCUGUUGGAUUGGUCAGGAUUGCAUAAUGUCAGGGUUACAUAAUGCCGGGGGUGGACUGGAGGUUUUGAGUCUAGUGGACAUCGUCGACACAUCUGUAGGGCCAGGAGUUUUUCCCCAUAACUUGAACUGACCAGAAAAAACCUUGGGCCCUUGUAACAGCCUGUAACUAGGACGUUCUCAGUCAUAGUUAUAGACUGUAACUAGGGUCUUCUCUGAGUUGUCGUUAUAGACUGUAACUAGGGUCUCUGAGUCGUUGUUAUAGACUGUAACUAGGGUCUUCUCUGAGUCGUUGUUAUAGACUGUAACUAGGGUCUUCUCUGAGUCGUUGUUAGACUGUAAAAAGGGUCUUUGAGUUGUUGUUAUAGGCUGUAACUAGGGUCUUUGAGUCGUUGUUAUAGGCUGUAACUAGGGUCUUUGAGUCGUUGUUAUAGGCUGUAACUAGGGUCUUCUCUGAGUUGUCGUUAUAGACUGUAACUAGGGUCUCUGAGUCUGUUUUUAUAGACUGUAACUAGGGUCUUCUGAGUCGUUGUUAUAGACUGUAACUAGGGUCUUCUCUGAGUCGUUGUUAGACUGUAAAAAGGGUCUUUGAGUUGUUGUUAUAGGCUGUAACUAGGGUCUUUGAGUCGUUGUUAUAGGCUGUAACUAGGGUCUUUGAGUUGUUGUUAUAGGCUGUAACUAGGGUCUUUGAGUCGUUGUUAUAGACUGUAACUAGGGUCUUUGAGUCGUUGUUAUAGGCUGUAACUAGGGUCUUUGAGUCGUUGUUAUAGGCUGUAACUAGGGUCUUUGAGUCGUUGUUAUAGACUGUAACUAGGGUCUUUGAGUCUUUGUUAUAGGCUGUAACUAGGGUCUUUGAGUCAUUGUUAUAGACUGUAACUAGGGUCUUUGAGUCGUUGUUAUAGGCUGUAACUAGGGUCUUUGAGUCGUUGUUAUAGACUGUAACUAGGGUCUUUGAGUCGUUGUUAUAGGCUGUAACUAGGGUCUUUGAGUCGUUGUUAUAGACUGUAACUAGGGUCUUUGAGUCGUUGUUAUAGACUGUAACUAGGGUCUUUGAGUCGUUGUUAUAGACUGUAACUAGGGUCUUUGAGUCGUUGUUAUAGGCUGUAACUAGGGUCUUUGAGUCGUUGUUAUAGACUGUAACUAGGGUCUUUGAGUCGUUGUUAUAGGCUGUAACUAGGGUCUUUGAGUCGUUGUUAUAGACUGUAACUAGGGUCUUUGAGUCUUUGUUAUAGGCUGUAACUAGGGUCUUCUCUGAAUCGUCGUUAUAGACUGUAACUAGGACCAUGAGUUUUUCCUGGUAAAGUCACAUGGUCAGGAAACUCCUGGUCCUACACGUGUAUGAUGCAGAGUGAGGGGAACAGUCUCCUGUUGUCAUUGAGGAGCCAGUGCUUUAAGCCUUGGGCUGGUGACAGUACAGCGAUACAUAUCCCUCAUACUGUUGUGGUAAUUGUUAUUUUUACAUGGCUGCGUCGUCAUACAGGUAUUACUGUCAGAAAAUAGAUUUCAAAAUGCCCUCAGUGCCUUUUCAAUUCCAAAUAAUAGAUGUCAUUUUGGGGUGUUUUUUAUAUACAGAUGUUUAAAGAGUGAUUUAAAAUAAAUAGUAUUUAUGCACAUUAGAAAGAUAAGAAGUGUACCACCCCACCCACUCAUCCACACAUGGUCGUUGUCCUGAGCAGAGAACACUAAAUCAGUUUCUACUGCCCAUGUCAAGUGUUUAGGAAAAACUCCUGGUCCUAGUUAUGUGCCAUGUCUCUGUGCCUUGGACACUAUUCCCUUUUAUUUAUUGGAGACUGUCCACUAGCACAUGCUUUUAAACUGGAAGGACAACCGUGACAAUUAAGGCCCUGAGUUUUUCCAGACCAUGUGACCUGACCAGGAUAAACCUCCAUAGCCUAUAACCAGGGACCUGAGUUUUUCCUGGUCAGGCCAAAUAGUCUGGAAAACUCCUUGUCCUAUUACUGAUGUGCUGGCUGGUGCCAAUCACCACAGCAGAAGACAUUUCAUUGUUAUCAAGUCUCUUUAUAUCAGACUGUGCACCCUGAAACUAAAGUCCUCCUUAAAAACUCUAAGUUCUCUCUCUUUCUCCCACUUUCUUUUCUCUUCUUCUCUUCUGCCGUUUCUUGGAUAUCAACCAGUAACAGUAAUAUGUGGUGUUUAAAGGUUUUAUGUGUUUCAGUUUCAAACUAUAAUCCUCAACUUCCAGACAUCAUCGUCGUCAUGCUCUGUCCUGUAUAUUCAUUGUCAGAUACAUGUUUGUACUGGUAUUAAUAAUAACAGAAUUUACCUUUUGAUAUCGUGUUAUUUUCAAGAAAUAAAGAUGAAAGUUGUAUAUAGUCA